AUGGCAUCGCCAUCGCCACCAGACUCUACAUCUAUUGGAACAAGUUCCCGCUCAGGUUCCGUCCGAAUCACCCGUAAGACAUGUCCCGCCACAUCCAAUACCCCGUCGCCAAUGCCCCGGCAAAACUCAUCCACCACGGACGACCAACUCGAAGAUGUCGACCUUUCAUCCGAACUUGACGGCCUACAUAUUGACGGCGUCGAAGUUUGGGACACUCUGAGUGGCAUGGCUGCUUUUGGGCUCGAGCACGAUAGCAACAACUCAUCCGGCAACACUACCCCAUUCCCUCGCAUCUCAAUGGACGACAGCGACGACGACGUUCAGGAGCUGUCAGAGUCAGACGCACCAGGUAAACACCAUGGACCUUUUCACAAAUGGAUGAGGAACCUGCACCGACGAGCCAGGCAACGCCCCAAAGCUAUGAACGCGGAUGGCACCCUACCCUGGAAACUCCUCGACCCGGCUGAUAGGUCAGCUCUAUCUCGGAGGACUCGACACAGGAGGUCAUCGUCAGGCUCAUCUUUCGGUUUUGUUGCGGCAGUGAGAAGUGCUAGCGUCAGUCUUGCGAGCGGCAGCGUUAUGUCCCGUCCUCGGGGAUACACCCGCCGUUCCUUUGCCCAGUCCAGAACUGAUCGCAGCAGUAGAGCAUCCUUCACCGCAACAAGGUGCUCAGAGGACAGUUGCCAUGUUGAGUGGCCUGUAAGGGCUGACCCGAUGGCAACGGAGCGUGCUUUACAACGCCGGCGCAUCUUGGAGGAGCUCAUUCAGACCGAGGAAGGCUACAUUGGGGAUAUUCGCUUCCUCAUGAAUGUAUACAUUACGAUUCUUGCGUCCCUCCCAACAUUGCCAAUGGGUUUGAGAUCUUCGAUCAAUCGAAAUCUUACCGACAUUGUUGAACUCCACGAAGAGCUCUUAGGGGAGCUGCACAGAGUUGUUCCAGACUCCGAGUAUUCGCAAGCAGACGUCCCUGCUACAUCUAGCAAAGUCCCUACUCGUGGCCACCAACGGCUAAGAAGUCUCGAUUCUGUGCCAGAAGACGACAGGGCCAUAAGCUGGCUGCAAGAUGUUCCCGGGAUGAUGUCAGAAGCACAGACAGCCGGCGCCGUCGCCAAAGUCUUUAGCAGAAAGAUGAACCGGUUCUUCGUUUAUGAGGAAUACGGAGCCAAGUACGAGCUGAUGAUCAAAGAUGUCGCCUCAGCCCAUCGCACCAUGCCUCAAUGGGAUACUUAUCAAAGGGGCAUCGAGGCGCUGGCUUCUUCAUUAGGUUCUGCAAACUCCCAUGCCGAUCAAUCAAAGAAGUCAUUGACUAUUGGCGACCUCCUCGUGAAGCCGAUUCAGCGCAUCUGCAAGUAUCCGCUUUUGUUUGCCGAGCUCCUGAAAUACACGCCCGUCGCAGACUGUCCCAACUCCCACAUGGAGGUGGAGAGUGCCCUUCUCCGGUUGCGAGAGGCGACGGCGGAGAUCAACCGGGCAACCAACGAUACUCGGAUGAAGUCCACCCUGGAAAAGACGUGGAUUCUCCAAGAUCGGCUGGCCUUCCCCGAACAAAAGCUAGAUGCUGCAUCCAAGAAUCGGAUCCGAUCAUUUGGCCAUGUCGAACUUUGCGGCGUGCUGCACAUUUGCUGGCAAACCAAGGAGGGUGCCAAGGGGCAGUACAUGAUUUGCCUUCUCUACCACAAUAUCCUGUGUCUGGCUUCGGCCAGCAAGGUGGACCAGAUUUAUACGAUCCAAGCAUGUGUCAACUUGAACGGUAUCAAGAUUGAAGAAACGGACAACGGUCGGGGUCUACAGUGUCAUACGGCUCCGUUCUCGUGGAAACUUGUAUUCGAAUGCGACUCACAACUGUAUGAAAUACUCAUGACUGCAUGCACGCCGCGCGAGCAGGAGGAAUGGCGCCGCAGGUUGUCGAUUCCCAACAAGAGAAAUGAGGAGCAGGUCGAUCCCAACUUGUACAGCUCUAUUGCUCUCCCCAUCCGAAGCCUGGGCACGGUGUUUAGAAAACCAGGCACUGUUGCUCGUCGAAUAUCGAUCCAUCGUGCUACCACCGUGGGCCCGAAGUCGCCCUUGUGCCAGGUUAUUCUCAAGAACACCAGCGUUAUGCGGGAUGGCUCGGAGGGAACCUCGAGCUCAUCGAUCAAUCGUUCGCAGUCGUUGCUCACAACAGCAAACCCACGCAUACCCGUUAUUGCUCCUCCGCGCGGCGAAAGAGCACGACUAGAGGCCUUGAUGUCUGACAUCUGGAGUCGCGACGUGCUGCCGUUCCCUAGCAUGAAUAGCAGGUCCCGCAGCGAGCAUCUUGUCCGGAGCUCCGCCAGCACUGUGAUGCGAAAAUUGAGUGUGGCGAGCAUCGCCAGCUCCUUCGCGAAGAGGUCAAACAGCGUGGCAAGCAUAGGCAAGUUUAUGUCGGAGGAUGACUCGGGCGAGAAACAGGAGGACGCACAUCACGGGCCUUCCACCAAGCUUACCAAGGCUGAGCCUUUCGACGCUAAGCACGUUUCCGAUGACGAAGCGAGUGAAACAACAACUGCCCGGCUUCCGAAGAUUGACGACGAUGUCGAAUUCAAAAGCACGGUCAGCGCUCCCACGACGCCAAUGUUGGGCCCGGUCAAGCUUGACGUGCACGCUGAUCCAAUUGAGCGGCUGCGGCUAGAAUGCGACAAAGGAGUGGCAGUAAACGCUCUACAUUCUAGGCCGAUUGUUCUGCGUACGGCGUCGGGAAAUAACAUCCCUCGAGCUCGUCGAAGCCCACUGCCGUCCAAGAGGUCUCCUCGUCCACUGGACGUGGUUAACCAAGCCCGAGCACAAAAGGUGCCUAGGCUGUCCCAUAAGCCGUCGCUACGAUGGGGAAGAGUUGGAACAUUGAACAAGGAGGACUGGGUGCAGGGCAUCCGAAGCUUCUUCCGAUAG